UUUUUUCAAAAAGCUUUCGUCAGCGCUCAACAUCCAUCUUUGCUUGCUCGGUCCCUCUAGACUUAUCUUUCUUACUUCCACCUCUCCAUUGCUCACCAUGGUCGAAGCAGUACCUCAACGCAUUGUUCCAGGUGCUCCUCCUCCUCCUCCACUAACAAAAUCCCAGAUCAAAAAGAAACGAAAGGCCAAGGCCAAGGCCAACGAGUCUAUCCCAGGUUCCCCUGCUGCUACUCCAGACCCUGCUACCGUCGUUGAGAAGGAGGGAGAAAACAUCGACGUACAGAACGACACAGUUGCACCAGAGGCAACAGCUCAGGAGGACGUGCCAGCUCCACCGGCUGAGCCUGAGGUUCCGCUCAAGAUGAGCCCCAUUGUAGAGCUCAUUAAUAAACGUCUCAAAGCUACCAACAAAAAAAUUUUGCGGAUAUCAUCAUAUGCUACAACGGACCCCGAAAAGCUGAACGAUGACCAGAAGCGCACUUUGAAGACGCUUCCCACGUUGGAGGCCAUCCAGAAAGAACUGGCCGAUGUCAAGAAGGCAGUCGAGGUGCACGAAUCUGAGCUGGCUGUAGAAAUUGCGCAAAAGGAAGCAGAAACCAAGAAAAUACAGGAGAUACGGGUCAGGGAGGCCAUUACAACCACUGAGCAAGAAAUGAUAGUAAAAACCUCCCAAAUCCUGCUCUUCCUUCGUUUCCGGUCAUUGUUAGCGUCUGGGGAUCUCCUUCCUCUACAACUGAGCCAGGAAGAGGUAAAUCUGGUGUUCUCAGCUUGCGAUGUUCUUCUGGGAGAAGAUGGAGCAUCAAAGAAUGUUGUAGUGACCGGUCUAUUGACAGGCUCCGGCGAGUAUGAGGGAACUCCUUUUUCACAUUUGUUGGAGAUCGCAAACAAUGGCCUGCACCCUCGUCCGCCGACACCUGCACCAGAAGAACCUGAGGUCAGCGCCCCAGACCGUCCUGACUCUCCAAUUUCUACAGCUACUGAACCCGCACCUGUUUCUGGUGUUCCUGGUCUGCCGGCGACGUCAAGCAGCUUCCAUUUCAUGCAGGCGAGUGAACUCGAAUCACCGUCUUUUGAGAGUGGUGCAGAGUGGGUUGAGCGCGCGGACGCCAUCGAGCCUACCACCGAGGAACCCGUUCAGGGCGAAAUUCCCGAGGUAGUCGCAGCCAACGGGCAUUCCGAAGCGCAGCCUGAAGAACAAGCACCCGCUACUAGUAGCGGGGCCAUUGACUGGGCAGAUGAAGAGGAUGGUCUUCCUUCCAUUGCUGGGCUACACGCCAAGUUUGGCACCUCUGGUUCCGCCACACCUGUUGGUGGACUAGCUGAAGAGGCCCAAGCCCAGCCUCAGGUGAAUGGGCACGUCGAGGAAGCUGCCACGCCUGCGCCAGCACAGGAAGAUGAUGGUUUCACUCAGGCCCGUGGCGUUCGUGGGGGUAGAGGCAGGGGAAACAGCCUCCGUGGGGGCGAUCGUGGUGGAUACAGAGGUAACGGUUUCCGUGGUGGGGAUCGGGGCUUCCGGGGUGGUGAUCGUGGACGGGGCAGCUACAGAGGCGGUGAACGAGGGGGUGGUUUGUGUCUUUCACCUUGAUGUGCUGCUCUGCAACUGACGGUUUUGAUAGGCGGUUACCGAGGCAGGGGUGACGGCGAGAAUCGUGGUCGUGGCGGAAGGGGCCGAGGCCGAGGAGGUUAGUGAUUCCCUGUGUCUCGAUACCCAUACUCAGUAAACAAUGUCUUCCACCAGGCCCUCAAGUAGCGGCACCGUCCACAUGAUGAUGAUCCCAACUACUAAAAGGACUCUCUGCCGAAGGCCAAAGAAUAUUGUCACCUUGUUCUUACCUACCCUUGUGCUUCUAACGACUUCAUGGUUGUGUUGCAUAUGCUCAUUCAUCUUAGUGUUGACAAGCUGUGCUACUGUAACCUCGUAAUCAUAUUUUUGGUCUACACCUCCAUAUUCAGGACCGUGUCCAUCGUAAGACACUAUGAUGCUUGU